AUGGCUACCCCUAGUGUCCUGGCUUUUGACGCUGAGGGUCGCGCCAUUGACUUUGAGGUCUGGGUAGACGACCUGCAGUUGUUUUUACAGUGCGAUAGGGCAGACGGCCUCUCUCUCUUUGACCUUACCUCUGGCGCCUCUCCUGCUCCUGCUGCUGAUGCUGAUCCCACUGUGCGCUCUAAGUGGGCCACCCGCGAUGCUGCUGCACGUCUUGCUGUGCGUCGCCACCUCCCUACCUCUGAGCGCGCGCACUUUAGUCAGUACAAGAGUGCUCAGACCUUGUACGACGCUGUAGUUGCGCGCUACUCCUCCCCUUCCACUGCUGCACUGAGCCGUCUCAUGCUUCCCUACCUCUUUCCUGACCUCUCUGCCUUUCCCACUGUCGCUGACCUCAUUACGCACCUCCGCACUAGUGACACUCGCUACCGCGCCGCCCUUCCUGCUGAGGACCACUUUCUCGCAGUCUGUCCCACCACCCUCACCGUCGACGUCCUCGAGAAGGCCCUCCUCGCAGCGGAGAAGAGCAUAGUCGCUGUAGGAGGUUCUCGUGGAGACCCUCGCACCCCCAUCUUUGAGGGGUGCUCUCCUUCCCCCUUGCUGCCCUCUGUUGCCUCUGCUGCUGCUACCGACCUGCUUGGUCUUGAGUCGGUCGGCGCGGCGUCUGCCCCUAGUGGGAGACGUCGCUCUGGCAAGGGCAAGGGGGGCAAGGGCGCGGGUGGAGCUGGAGGGGGCGGUGGCGGUGGCGGCGGAGGCGGCGGAGGGAGUGGGGGUGGCGGCGGGAGUAGUGGCGGGGGUGGUGGUGGCGGUGGCAGCAGCGGCGGAGGCGGCGGUGGUGGUGGCAGCGGUGGUGGUGGUGGCAGCGGCGGAGGUGGAGGCGGCGGAGGAGGCAGCGGAGGAGGCGGUGGUGGUGGAGGAGGUGGAGCUGGUCGGGGUGGUACCCAGCAGCGGAGCGGCGGUGGUGGUGGCCAGCGCUCGCAGCAGCAGCAGCAGCAGCGUUCGCGGGACAUCCCUCCGCCUCAGCAGCUUCGUGAGUGGUACACUCAGCGUCAGAGGGGUGGGGGUACUGGUCCUUGCACCUACGUCCUUCGUUCCGGCGACCGCGCGGCGAUCUUUGAUCUUGAUUUUGAUGCUAUCCUUGCUGCUAUGUAUGCUGUGACUAUUAGUGAGGAGACUGAGGGUUACCGGUGUUUCCAGCCCGACCCGAGCAUUGGUACUGCUGCGCUAGGUGCUUGUGAGGCUGCUGCUCUAGGUGCCAGUGCGUCUGCGCUCCCAGGUACUGGUGAGACUGCGCCCUCAGGUACUGCGUCGCCCUCGUCCUCCCUUACUUUCACACUUGACUCUGGGGCUUCUCGCUCCUUCUUUCGAGACCGCACCACCCUUACGCCGCUUGGCCGGCCGGUUGCCGUCUCCCUGGCUGACCCCUCUGGGGGUCCUGUCCUCUCUCACUUCUCCACUGUCCUCCCGUGUCCGGCUGCCCCUUCGGGCACCCUGUCUGGUCUGUACCUUCCCUUGUUCUCUACGAACUUGGUGAGUGGCGCGGACCUGCAGGAUGUGGGGGUUCACCAGUUCACUCCUGCGAGUCAGCGGGUGACCCACUGCAUGGAGGCACGCACAGGCCGACACCUGGCCACGUUCUCGCGUCGGCCGGGGUCGAGUCUCUACACCCUGACCGUUGAGUCUCCUCCUGUCCCUGCGUCUGGUCAGGUGGCUGCGUCAGGUCAGGUGCUUGCUGCUGCGUCCCGGUCAGGUCCUGAGUCUGCCCCAUGUUCUUGUCGCCUCCUGUCUCACGAGACUCUCCUGUGGCACCACCGUCUUGGCCACCCCUCCUUGCCCCGUCUUCGGAGCAUGGCUUCCCGUGUCCUUGUCUCUGGUCUUCCCCAGUCUCUCCCUCCCCUUCCCUCCGGGCCAGGACCUUCCUCCCCCGUCCGUGGGCAGGGUCACGAGCGCUACUUUCUGUUGGUGGUUGACGACUACUCGCGUUACACCACAGUCCUCCCCUUGCGCAGCAAGGGUGAGGUCACAGAGGUGCUGAUCGACUGGAUCCGCGAGGCUCGUCUCCAGCUCAGGAAGAGCUUCGGCUCGGACUUUCCUGUUCUGCGUCUGCACUCGGACAGAGGGGGAGAGUUCUCCUCGCGCCUUAUGCGAGACUACUGUCGUGCACGGGGGAUCCGCCAGACCUUCACGCUUCCGGACUCUCCACAGCAAAAUGGGAUUGCUGAGCGCCGCAUUGGCAUGGUCAUGGAUGUCGCUCGUACGUCCACGAUGCAUGCGGCUGCCCCCCAUUUUCUGUGGCCGUUUGCGGUGAGGUACGCGGCGCAUCAGCUCAACCUUCACCCCAGGGUCUCUCGGCCCGCGAUGUCCCCAGUCUUGCUGUGGACGGGGAAGGUUGGCGAUGCGUCGACGUUCCGUGUCUGGGGAUCUUGGGCGUUUGUCCGCGACUUGUCUGCGGACAAGCUGUCCCCUCGUGCUGCUUCCUGUGUCUUCCUUGGCUUCCCCACUGACGCUCCAGGGUGGCAGUUUUACCACCCCUCCUCUCGUCGUGUUCUGUCCUCCCAGGACGUCACGUUCGACGAGUCAAUCCCCUUCUACCGCCUCUUCCCCUACCGCACUCCUUCCCUCCCCCCUCCGCCGGACUUCCUUGUGCCGGUUCCCCCCCCGGUAGACCCCCUCCCCCCUCAGGUUCCUGCCCCCUCAGGUGUGUCCCAGGUAGACGCAGUUGACCCGGUCGAGGUUACUGGUGACUCUGGUGCUGCUGCGGGUGCUGAGCCUGGGGGUGCUGACUCUGGGGGUGCUGUGCGCGGAGGUGCCGGGCCUGGAGGUGCUGCUACUGGGGGUGCUAAGCCUGGGGGUGCUGGGCCUGGGGAUACUACUGCAGAGGGUGCUGCGCCGGGGGGUGCUGUGCCUGGAGCUGCUGAGCCUGGGGGUGCUGAGUCUGGAGCUGCUGAGCCUGGGGGUGCAGAGCCUGGGGUUUCUCCUGCUGCUGCGUCUCGACGGGAGCCCCUCUCUCCCCAGGAGCUGCGCGAGUGGUUUGCUCGCCGCUGGAGGCGUGCUGCUGGAGCUGGAGCUUCUUCGACCGUCGAGGGUGCUGGUGCUUCCGGUCCCGGAGCUGCUGGGCCUGCGGGUCCUCCUGGAGCUGGAGCUGCUGAGGGUGUUGGUGCUGAGACCACUGUUGUCUGUCCUCUCGGUGGUUCUGCUGCUGGUACUGCUGGAGGUCCUGCCGUUGGAGGUGUUGGUGGCGUUGGUACUGUCGCUGAGGGUGCUGGUGCUGUCCCUGCUGUGUCUGGAGCUGCUGCGCGGCCUCGGCCGUACUUCGCUCCGCUCCUGCAGCAGGUUCUUGGUCUUUCUCCUCCGGUAGAGGGUCCACAGCCUGUCCAGUCGCAGUCACUCUUGGAGCCUUCCUCUCCUCUGACUGCUCCCUCUCCUUACACUGGUCCUACUGGAGGUCUUACUGAGCGUCGUGAGCCUGCGUCUCGUCCCGCGUCGCCUGUUCGUGCUGCUCGCGCUAGUGGUCGCGGUUCGCGUCAGCGUCCUCCUCCUGUCCCUGGCACGCACCGGAUGUCUCUGCGUCCGUCCACUGCUCCUCUGCGUGCCCCUUUGCCUUCUCCGCCUGAGUCCUCUCUUCCUGCGCUUGCCGACCCUGAGUCGGACUCUCUUCGUGCUGCCAGUCCUACUGUCCCGCGUCUGCUUUCUACUGUCGUCACUGACCCCUCGUUUGAGUCCACUGCUGCGUCUGCUCUUGUCGCUGAGCUCGUCGACUUUGCUGCUCGCUGUCGUCUAGACUACGCUGCUAGUCUUGUUGCUGAGUCUGCGUCUGUCUGUCCUCCGUCCGUCGGGGGUGAGUGUGCUCUUGGCACGGACGUCCUAGAGGACAGGCAGGAGGAGUUACAGUGUCUGGCUGCUGCUUCACCUCAUCUCGCGUCUGUACUGCUUGCUCCUGAGGGAGACCCGGAUGCACUAGACAUCCCGACUCCGCGCUCUUACGCGGAGGCCGUAGAGGGUCCCUACUCCUCUCAGUGGCAGGCAGCUAUGGAUGUAGAGAUGGCUUCCUGGAAGUCCACAGGCACCUACGUUGACGCAGUUCCCCCUCCUGAGGCGAACAUCGUCAGUGGCAUGUGGAUCUUCCGGGUGAAGCGGCCGCCGGGCUCUCCACCUGUCUUCAAGGCGCGGUACGUUGCUCGUGGCUUCAGCCAGCGGCAGGGAGUUGACUACUUUCAGACCUUCUCUCCCACCCCGAAGAUGACCACUCUUCGGGUGCUGCUGCACAUAGCCGCUCAGCGCGACUACGAGCUUCACUCUCUCGACUUCAGCAGUGCGUUCCUGCAGGGUAGCCUGCACGAGGAGAUCUGGCUGCGCCGUCCACCUGGCUUCACUGGGACUUUCCCUCCUGGCACCCAGACUACGCUUGCGGCCCUUGGGUUUGCUCCUUCUACUGCUGACCCGUCGCUGUUUCUUCGCACCGACACUUCCCUGCCGCCGUUCUUCAUCCUCGUUUACGUCGACGACUUGGUCUUUGCCACAGCGGACACUGCUGGACUCGCCUACGUGAAGUCCGAGCUGCUGAAGAGACACACGUGCACAGACCUGGGUGAACUGCGCAGCUACCUUGGCUUGCAGAUCACUCGGGACAGAGCACGCCGCACCAUUACCUUGACUCAGUCACACAUGGUGCAGCAGGUCCUUCAGCGCUUCGGCUUCACGUACUCCUCGCCUCAGGCCACUCCUCUGUCUACUCGCCACUCGCUCUCAGCUCUGCCUUCGGAUGAGUCCGUAGAGUCGAGUGGCCCGUACCCAGAGCUUGUUGGCUGCCUCAUGUACCUGAUGACCUGCACACGACCUGACCUUGCAUACCCUCUGAGCAUUCUUGCACGCUAUGUUGCUCGUGGGAGACACCGACCAGAGCACAUGGCUGCAGCGAAGAGGGUGUUGCGCUACCUGUGCAGUACGUCGGGCAUGGGGCUAGUGCUUGGAGGGCUGAGUCCAGUGGUCCUUACAGGGCACGCGGACGCUUCUUGGGCUGACGACCAGGCUACGCAGCGGUCGUCACAGGGUUACACCUUCAGUCUUGGUUCCGGCUCUGUCUCGUGGCGGUCUACUCGCUCAUCUUCGGUUCUCAGCUCCAGUUGUGAGGCUGAGAUCUACGCUGGGGCCAUGGCUGCACAGGAGCUUCGCUGGCUCACCUACCUGCUGACUGACCUUGGAGAGCCGCCUCGUUCUCCUCCAGUGCUGUACGUAGACAACAAGGCCAUGCUGGCCUUGUGUCGAGAGCAGCGCUUGGAGCACAGAACGAAGCACAUUGCUCUCCGCUACUUCCUUGCUCGUGAGCUGCACCAGCGUGGUCAGUUGCGACUUGCGUACGUGGCCUCUGAGGCCAACACUGCUGAUGUGUUCACCAAGGCACUCGCGCCUUGUGACCAUCAGCGCUUCUGCACCCAGCUGGACGCGGCCCCGCCGCCUGCUAAGACGCGGCCCCGCCGCCUGCUCAGCCGCGGCCCCGCCGCCCUCUACGACGCGGCCUCCGCCGCCUGCAGACGCCGCGGCCUCCGCCGCCUGCUCAGCCGCGACCCCGCCGCCCGCUACGACGCGGCCUCCGCCGCCUGCUCAGCCGCGGCCCCGCCGCCCUCUACGACGCGGCCUCUGCCGCCUGCUCAGCCGCGGCCCUGCCGCCUCCUACGACGCGGCCCCGCAGCCUGCUCAGCCGCGGGUGCUUCCAGCGGCCCUCCGCUGCAUCCUGACGGCCCGCCGCUGCAGCCUGCGGCCCCGCCACUGCGCCUGUCCCGGCUCCGCCACUGCACCCUGACGGCCCCGCCGUCCCCUGUCUCGGCCCCACCGCUGCACCCUGACGGCCCCGCCGUCCCUUGUCCCGGCCCCGCCACUACACUGCAGCCGAGCCGCCCAGCAGCAGCCGAGCCGCCCAACAGCAGCCGAGCCGCCCAGCAGCAGCCGAGCCGCCCAGCAGCAGCCGAGCCGCCCAGCAGCAGCCGAGCCGCCCAGCAGCAGCCGAGCCGCCCAGCAGCAGCCGAACCGCCCAGCAGCAGCCGAGCCGCCCAGCAGCAGCCGAGCCGCCCGGUACCUGAGCCGCCCGAGCCGCCCGAGCCGCCCGAGCCGCCCGAGUCGCCCGAGCCGCCCGAGCCGCCCGAGCCGCCCGAGCCGCCCGAGCAGCCCGAGCCGCCUGCUGCUGACCUACCCGACUCUCCCAUCCCGGUGAGACUUUCAGCUGCUGCCAUGGCCACCCCCAAUGUUCUCACUUUUGACGCUGAGGGGAGGGCCAUUGACUUUGCCGUCUGGAUCGAGGACCUGCAGCUGUACUUACUGUGUGAUGCGGUAGAUGAGGUCUCUCUCUUUGACUUUGUCUCUGGCGCUGUCCCUGCCCCGCCUGCUGAUGCUGACUCUGCCGUUCGCUCCAAGUGGGCGACCCGCGAUGCUGCUGCACGUCUUGCUGUGCGUCGCCACCUCCCUUCCUCUGAGCGUGCCCACUUUAGUCAGUGCAAGACCGCUCAGGCCUUGUACGACGCUGUAGUUGCGCGCUACUCCUCCCCUUCCUCCGCUACCCUUAGCCGCCUCAUGCUACCGUUUCUCUUCCCUGACCUCGCUUCCUUUCCCACUGUCGCUGACCUCGUUACCCACCUCCGCGCUAGUGACACCCGCUACCGCGCUGCCCUUCCUGCUGAGUUCCGCGCUGCGAACCCUCCUCCCAUGUACAUCACUCUCUACUUUCUCGUCACCCGUCUCCCUGAGUCCCUUCGUGUCGUUAGGGACCAGUUUCUCUCUGUCUGUCCCACCACUCUCACUGGGUGUGGUCCCUCCCCCCUGCUGCCCUCUGUCGCCUCUGCCGCUGCGGCCGACCUCGUUGGUUUUGAGUCGGUCGGCGCGGCGUCUGCCCCCAGUGGCAGACGCCGCACUGGCAAGGGCAAGGGGGGCAAGGGAGCGGGUGGAGCCAGAGGGGGCGGUGGAGGAGGCGGUGGGGGUGGAGGGGGGAGUGGGGGUGGCGGGGGGGGUGGUGGCGGGAGUGGAGGUAGUAGUGGCGGCGGUGGAGGCGGAGGUGGCGGCGGAGGUGGUAGCGGAGGAGGCGGUGGGAGCGGUGGGAGCGACGGUCCUGGUGGGGGAGGUGGCGGUGGCGACGGGGGUGGCGGUGGAGGCGGGGGUGGCGGUGGAGGAGGGGGUCGGAGUGGCUCGUCCCAGCGGAGCAGCUCUGGGGGUGGUCAGCGCCAGCAGCAGCAGCAGCAGCAGCCACAGCAGCAGCAGCGCUCUCGCACCGUCCCCGGCCCUCAGCAGCUCCGUGAGUGGUACUAG